CUAGGCUAUCCCUAGCUAUGGAUGGGAAAAUGUGUUUAAAGUAGGGCUGCUCAAAUAAUAAAUGCCUGUUUGUUUUGCAGAGAGCAAAGGAAAUAAGAGAAAAAUUGUUGCCAAAGGUGACCUCAAAUGCAGGGUCACAUUUUAUCAAAGCAGGCAGGUGGUACCCCUGAACACAUCCUCAGCAGGCAAAGUACUGAACACCAUGCUUGAGUGUUUGCUUCAAGUUUGUUCUCCAUUGUUUUACAAGUUACCUAGAAGUGUUUUAGUUCUGGGGGAAGGGGCCAAUGCAGAAUUAAUAAUUUUUAUCAUUGCUUCUCUGGAAACCUAAAACUUGCUGAAAUCCUCAGAUCUGUGUUAUUAAGUGAAGUUUUUGUUUGUGUAGGCUAGAUGGGCCUAUGCUCAGAAGUUCCAAACUUCUUCCAGAUCUUUGAUUUCCCUGGUACAGGAGGUUACAAACAAGAGCUAUAACUGGUGAGUUUUGUGUGCAAUUGUCCCUUGGAGUAGUUAAUAAUCUGGAAAGCUGUCAGAGUACCUGCAUUGCUGGAGCACAAAGCAGGUAAGGCACUAGGUAAAACUGGGUGUCAUUUAGCAGUGAUUUCAGGCAAUUAGUGCCAUUGCUAUGAAAUGACACUGCUAGAAUUAACAAGAGUGUAGGUAUUUUGCUGAGAGCAUUGCCACGUACCCUGUUGUGUCUCCUGCUUGUGGCAUUGUGAGGAUGCCAUUGUACAGCUGGGCAUGCUGGGCAAGGGAGGGAGAGUUGCAGCCGUUGCUGUGCUUUAGAACCUCCCUGUGCUGUAGCUGAGCAGGGCUCACCUUCCUGAGCCAACGAGGCUCGCUCACCUUAGGCAACACCGGACGUGCUCCUUCAAUUAGCGUUUGUGCAGAUCUGAGCUAUUUUGAGAGGAAAGACGUGGGGUAGGUGGAAAGAGAUUGAAGGAGACAAAAGGAUUGCAGGAAGUGAGGAAAGGAGAAGGACUUUUCCUUCUCCUGGGCAGUGGUGCCCCUGUAGUUACUCUGUCCUGACCCUUCAAAAUACUUUGAGCUGUGUUCUCCUGCCAACACCAGUCUUAACAUUUUUACAAGUGUUUAUUUCUUUUUCUCCUUUUCUCAGCUUUGUCUUCCCUGAAUUUCAGGGGAAAAUAAAAAUCUGUUGAAUUCUUCAGUGAUACAGCCUGGGGCUGCUUUGGCAGUGACUAUUUAUUUUCCAGAGGAAAAAUGUCUGGUUACCCUCAAAGUGAGAAACUUCAGAGUUUGACCUAAUCUUUCUUUAAGAUCUGUCUACCCUGACCAGAGCUUCCACAGCAGUGAGCUUACUGAAGUCUGGCCAUCUGUCCUUUUAUACUGGCAAUUGAUGGUAUAAUACACUCCCACACUCAAGCAGAUGCAUGAGGAUGAAGGCAAGCAGUGCUUAACAAAGCUGGUUAUUUUCUUCUGAUAGCUAAUUGCUAUUUUAGACUUGGCUUCCUGCUAGUUGUGGUUAGAUUAAAUAUCAGGUUGGUGUUCAUCCCUCAUCAUGAGCUAUACUUUAGAGGGGACUAUGUGAAUAUCUGUCUGCACUACAGAAUGUUUGUCUACACAUACUGCUUCUCAGUGACUUUUUAACAGCUCUUGAUCAGUAUUGAAAAGCUCUUUAUGUUUGCAAACAAUCACAGUACCUAUUUCUAUGCAAGUAGCUAAAGGUGCUGAACUGAUUCCUGUUUAUAAAGCUCACUUCAAAUGUGAAGCAGUGAGACAGAGAUCCUCAUCUGAAUGUCUGGGAGUAGCUGCAGAAACCUCGUAGUAGCAAAUGUACUUGGGCAUAAUCUGAUCAAUGAUAUUGUUAAUAUAUUUAAUUGUAGAUUCUUGGCACUGUGGGACAUGUUGAAGCUGUUUUGAUUGUGACCAAAUGGUCUUCCCUGCAUCUCUUUUGUGGUUUUGGUGACACUGGGCCAUUCUGCAACAUUGGAACAUUGGUUGGAGAACAUGGGAUCUGGUAGUUCUGUCAAUGUCCAGUACAAGUACUCCCUGCAGAAGUCUGAAAACGCUUUCAAGGCAGCUGUCUUGAUCCAGCAGUGGUAUCGGCGCCAUGUGGCUCGGCUGGAAAUGCGCCGCCGCUGCACCUGGAGAAUCUUUCAAUCCAUUGAGUAUUCCUGCGAGCAGGAUCAGAUCAAGCUUCACAACUUCUUCAGUUACCUCAUGGACCAGUUCACACCAAGCAGCAGCAAAGAGAGGGAUUUUAUCAGUCGCAUGUUCAUAAGUGGGGAAAGUUACAAAGAGGCAGAGCUGGAAAAAUACUGUGACUAUGAAUCCAUAGAGGUGCCAGACUCCUACACUGGACCCCAUCUCUCUUUCCCACUCCUCCCUGACCAUGCCACAGCCUUGCUGGAAGCUUUCCAACAGAAACAACAGCUCCAUGCUCGCUAUGUCUUAAACCUCCUGCAUGAGACCAGGAAGCACCUCAAGCAGUUGCCAAACAUCAGCCACGUCUCCACCUGCUACAGCGAGGAGGUCACUGUGUGUGGAGACUUACAUGGCCAGCUGGAUGACCUGUUCCUCAUCUUUUACAAGAAUGGCCUUCCUUCUCCUUCCAAGUCCUACGUGUUCAAUGGAGACUUUGUAGACAGAGGCAAGCAGUCCCUUGAGAUCCUUGUUAUCCUCUUUACCUUCCUCCUGAUCUAUCCCAAGGAGGUUCAUCUCAACCGCGGGAACCACGAGGACCACAUGGUGAACUUACGGUAUGGCUUCUGUGCAGGGCUGAGCCCCAUGUCGAGGGUUGUGCAAAAUCCCACUGAGCUUCCUUUCUCCUGUUCCUUUAGCUAUGGUUUCACCAAGGAAGUGAUGCAGAAAUACAAGGUAGGCCUAUGUUUGUGUCUCCUUUACCAUGAGAGAUAUGCCCUCAGAAGACCUGAUGUCUUAUCUCUUUUUUUCUUUCAGGUGCAUGGGAAGAAAAUCUUGAGGAUGUUUCAGAAUGUCUUCUGCUGGCUGCCCCUGGCCACCCUGAUUGAUCAGAAAGUCCUCAUUAUUCACGGGGGCAUCUCUGACACCACUGACUUGGACAUGCUUGAGAAAGUUCAAAGGGACAAAUUUAUUUCUGUGUUAAGGCUGAAGAAAAGAAACGAAUCGAGUAGAAAACCACAAAUCCAGGCCAUAAACGGGGAGAGCGAAUCAGGCACUGAUGCAGCAGGGGUUGAGGCAGCUCCCAGGUUAUCUCUGCAGCCCCAGUCAGCCCAGGCUCCCAGCACAGCCAACAGGCUGGAGUUCUCCAGGUGGCUCCGGCAGACGGUGCAGGAGCAAAUCGACACGUGCCGCCGGCUGGUAGACAUCAGCGAGUCAGAGCCAGAGGAGCUCACCUAUUCCAGCAUGGUCUCCUUGAAGGAUGCGGAUGAGCCGUGCUGGACUCGCCACGAGGAGUGGAAGCAGGUUUUAGACAUCCUCUGGAGCGACCCCAUGCCUCAGGAGGGCUGCAGAGAAAAUAAGGUGCGAGGUGGUGGCUGCUACUUUGGGCCUGAUGUGACGGAGAAGUUCCUUGACAAGUACAGCUUGCAGUUCCUGAUCCGCUCUCACGAGUGCAAGCAGGAGGGCUACGAGUUCUGUCACAACCGUAAGGUGCUGACCAUCUUUUCAGCCUCAAACUACUAUGAGAUUGGCAGCAACAGGGGAGCCUAUGUGAAGCUGGGACCAGACCUCAUCCCCCACUUUGUUCAGUACCAAGCCAACAAGACAGCCCAUUUACUCACCAUGACCCAAAGAAUCAGCAGAGUAGAGGAGUCAGCCUUUCGAGCCUUGCGGGAAAAGCUCUUUGCUCACACCUCAGCUCUCAUCAGUGCCUUCAAGUCCUAUGACAGGGACAAUACAGGAAAGAUCACUCUGAGCAACUGGGCGACAGCAGUGGAGUCAGUGCUGCGGCUGGGACUGCCCUGGCGAAUGCUGAGGCCACAGCUGGUGCGCAGCACAGAGGACGGCAUGCUGGAGUACAAAUCCUGGCUGGAUGAUCUGGCCAUGGAGCAGAGGAGCCAAGAGCACAUCCAGUCAAGCUUGCUAGAAGUAAUUUAUCGAAACAGAUCCAACUUAGAGACCAUAUUCAGGAUCAUAGACAGAGACCAUUCAGGUCUCAUCUCCUUUGAGGAAUUCCAGCAAACCUGGAAGUUGUUCAGCUCCCACAUGAACAUUGAACUCACGGAUGAUGGCAUUAAUGACUUGGUUCGCAGCAUUGACUUCAACAAGGAUGGGAACAUUGACUUCAAUGAGUUCCUGGAAGCCUUCCGCCUGGUCAAACAGUGCCCGUCGUGAGAGCCUGCCCAGAGUUGCCACAUCCCAUGCCUUGAUUUCUACAAAGCCAGGACUGUCCCACCUAACCUAGACUGUGCCUGCAGAUGGCAAGCAGGGAGGAAGGCAGGUGCCCAAACCAGACAUCACUGUAGGUGAUAGCUGUGACCCAUCUGGGGAAGCUAACAGGUGAAAUAGUUGAAUUGCACUUCAGUUCAGACCGCUUUAAAAGAAGCUGUGUUUUAAAUAGCUUCCUGCUCAAAGGGAAGAUGCAGCUUAGCUUCUCUUGUCAUUGUGAGGAAAUGUUAUGGGUGUAUUAAGUAAUGUAUUACUUGUAGGCAGUGUUUU